GCUUGCUGUGUGUUUGUAGAUGUAUAAGUCACCUACCAUAUUCUCUAAAAACAUUCAUUUCCCCUGUUGAUGUUUAAUAUAACCAGUUGUGUCUGUUGUUUGUUAUUUACCAGCAACUAAUGUUCAGUUUGAACGUAAAAGUAUGCAAAAGUUUGACUUAAAAAUGUGGCUUUUCAAGUGUUUUGUCCUCAUUUACGUUAUCUUUUUAAAACCAAGUAAUUGCCUAUAUGAAGAUGAUCCUUGUAUACUGAACACUAGUGGUCAAAUAGGAAAAUGCCUUUUACUAAGCAACUGUUUGACAGCUUUAGAGGAUAUUCAGGAAAAAGAAAUUUUUCCACAGAUUUGCGGUUUUCAAGGGACAUUAUUAAUUGUUUGCUGCUCCCAAAAGUCAAGCCUAACACCCUUGGCUACCACUCCUGACGAAACAAUUACUCCCAACUCAGAAGUGGCCAAUUCGACUACAUCAUCCUUUUCAGAAACAAAUAUUACAUAUAAAGCAAAUGUAGCUGAGUCAAAAAGUAAACAAAAAUGCAAAGAAUAUUCGAAGUAUGUUUUUGAAGAACAAUAUUCAUUUGUACUCGUAACAAACAGCAAAGUGAAAGCGGAUACGUGCGCUGUAAAAGCACUAGAAUUAAUCGUAGGUGGUGAGAAAGCAGCUCCAAGAGAAUUUCCACAUAUGGCAUUAAUCGGUUUUGAUGAAGACGGAGAGAAAGUAUGGAAAUGUGGAGGCAGCUUAAUUAGCGAACGGUACAUCUUGACAGCAGCCCAUUGCCUUACGGAUGGACAUUCUGAUGCUAAAUACAUUCGUUUGGGUGACCUGAACAUUGGAAAAAGUAACGAAGAUGCUCAACCACAAAAUUUCGACAUAAUCAAACGCAUCCAACACCCUAAUUAUUCGCUACCCUCAGUGCAACACGACAUUGCCUUAUUAAAAUUGGACAGACCAGCAACUUUAAAUAAAUAUGUCCGACCAGCUUGUCUUUAUACAAGUUCAGAAAUAAGUAGCGAUAAAGCGAUUGCUACAGGCUGGGGCUACACCGAAUUUUCUAGGAAAAUUAGUAACGAACUCAUGAAAGUUACGUUAGAGGCAUUUUCACACGAAACGUGCAUUAAAACUUUCGCACAAUUAGGCAUUGAUGAUAAAACACAAACUUGCUGGGGUUCACGUACUGAAGCCAAGGAUACUUGCAAGGGUGACUCUGGAAGACCACUACAAAUAGGCAGUAGAGACUUUUAUUGCAUGUAUGAAAUAAUUGGCAUAACAUCUCUGGGGAAAGGAUGCGGACAUGUAAAUGUACCUGCAGUAUAUACCAGGGUUUCCAAUUACGUCGACUGGCUAGAAGGAAUCGUGUGGAAUAAUAUCUACAAUACAUUUAUUAACGAUAUUAUUAGAAUGAAUGGUUUUAGUCUUGAACACUUACUGUUUAUAACAGUAAUUGUAGGAAUAAAUGGACAAAUAGGAGUCGGUCAUCAAAAUUUCCAUUAUCCCGGUAUUGAAGCAUUUAAUUGUGAGACAAAUCAGUCACCUGUAGGAUCAGAUGUGUCAGUAAUUAUUUGUGAAGAAAAGAGAUCAGAUCGUAUUAUGAAACCCAUCGUCCAUCCUCAAACAUCUCCACAUCAACGACAAGACUCAUGCAGAUUACCUAACGGAAACCGUGGAGAAUGCCGAGCGCUUGUUCAGUGUCCAAAAGCUGCCCAACUAUUCGCCCAAGGAGUCCAUCCAGUAGUUUGUGGACGUACUGGAACCGAAGUGUAUGUUUGCUGUGAAAUUCAUCACUACCCCUCUCCACCAGUAGCUACCGAAAUUGAUUUUCUAGGGCAAUCACGUGCUUUUGCAAAUGGAGAGAUUGGUCGUCGAUGUAGAUUGGCCAAUGGAAAAAGAGGUGAUUGUCGACCUCUGGUAAGAUGUCCAAACGUGGCUUUACUUUAUUCUGAAGGAAUUCAGCCUCUCGUGUGCGGUGUUAGAGGAUCAGAAAUACUAGUUUGCUGUGACUCAAAUAGUCCCUUACCUUUUAACCCACCUGCACCUCCGUCCGCUAGUUUUGGUGAACAGUGCCACUUUCCCAAUGGACAGGAGGGCAUCUGCUCUCCAACUGUGGAUUGUCCCACACAAUACCAAUGGUUUCCACAGGUGUACUGUGGUACACCUCAACCAGAAAAAGUUUGUUGUCAUUUAUCAUCAACAGCUGCUCCCCUUAAACUAUCGUCUACAACAUCUGCACCGACCAGCACCACACCAAAUUUAUUACCAGAUGAGCCAUGCAAAGCUUCCGACGGACAGAAUGGUAUAUGUACAUUUACCUUCAAGUGCCCUUCCGUUUUGCAAGACGUAAGAGCUGGUAUCAAACCUCAAAUUUGUGGACAUCAAGGACCUGACGUCCUAGUCUGUUGCAAGAUAGAAUCCAAAAAUCCUAUACAAACUGUUCCACGAAUGACACUUAACAGUACCAGUCAACAAAAGUGUGUAGAGUACCACGAGCAAACUGAGAAAUUCAUGGAGUCCAAGAUAGGAAUGAGUGAACUCUUUGUAGUUGGUGGUGUACCAUCAGCAGAGAAAGAAUUUCCCCACAUGGCUGCUUUGGGUUACGGAUCAACAAAGACCGUGAAGUGGUUAUGUGGUGGUUCUCUUAUAAGCCCAAACUUUAUUCUUACAGCAGCUCAUUGCACCCAUUCAACAGAACUAGGACCCGUUAAAUUUGCUAGAAUGGGACUACUGAAUCUAAACAAAAUAAACGACAAUCUCCAAGAUUUUGUAGUCAUUGAAAUCCAUAGACAUCCUGAUUAUCGUCCCCCGAUAAAUUACAAUGACAUUGCUCUUUUGAAACUUAACAAAAAUGCUGACUUUACAGAUUAUGUUAAGCCUGCCUGUUUGUAUACUUCUCACGAUUUGCCGACUACAAAACCGUACGCCACUGGAUGGGGAAAGACACAAUUCAAUGGUGAAUCAAGUGACGUGUUACAAAAGGUUGAUCUCAGUUACUAUUCGUACGAAAAAUGUCGAGAUGCAUUUGCUACAGUCAGCAAAAUAAAAUUACCGAAUGGCAUUGUCGACGAAUCUCAUGUUUGCGCUGGAGGAAUCAACGAGGAAAAGGAUACUUGCAAUGGAGAUUCAGGCGGACCUCUCCAAAGUAAAAUUGUAUUAGGAAAUAAUGAACCAUAUUACAUAAUAGGAAUAACAUCGUUUGGGAAAGCGUGUGGAAUUGCUAACACACCUGCAGUCUAUACCAGAGUUUCGUUUUUUGUACCAUGGAUUGAAAAAAUUGUGUGGCCUGAUGGUUAAACUAAAUUCCUAUAAAUCAUUUAUUACUAAAUUGCACUUUGGCUAAUUUUGUUUAUGUAAACAAUUUAAUAAACACCUUCAUAUAA